AUGGCCAGUGCUGAGACGAAGAAGAUGAGAGGUCUUGCGAAGGGACGAUUCACUAGAAUAUGUCGUUCAAUUGACACCGCAAUCACGCAGAGAAAGCCCCUAGAGUAUGUCAACAUGUUGGCAUCGGAUUUGAAGUCGGCAUGUGACACUGUCUACGCCAAGCAUGAAGAUUUCAUUCUGCACACUGACGGUGAAGAAGAUGAAGAUUGGAUUUCCAACAUAGAAGAGAGAUACGAUGAGAUCAGAGAGAUGAUUAUGCACUACAAGAUCCACGCCCAGAAAGAUGAGACAGAUGCCUCCAAACUAGAACAGGCACAACUUGAGAGCGAGGCUAAGCAAAUGUCACUGCACAAGGCGAGAAAUCUAAGAGACGUUCAUGAGGCGGAUCUUCGUCAACUUUGUAAGGGUAUUACGUCAUACAUCGAGAACGAGUCAGUUGAUGCAGUGAAGACUGGGAAGAUAGAGUUUAAGCAAUUAAUGGAAGAUACCAAAGCAGCUCACAUGCAGUACGUCAUGAUGUUACCAGCGGACGAGUUUGAAAGUGAAAAUACAUGGCUUCUACCAAUUCGUGAAUCCUACUACAAAGUAAGUGAAGCAAUCGGCAAAUUCCUAGAUUGUCAUGGAUCUUCUUCAUCCCCAGCUCAUCAUGGGAAGAAAUCAACAAGUGGGUUCCAUAUAGAGAAGAUGCGUCUACCAGUCUUCGAUGGUGACGUCAGAAAUUACCCAAGAUUUCGUUCAGAUUUCAAGAAAUUCAUCCAACCUGAGACCACAGUAGAUCAGUCUGCUUUUGUUCUGCGCAGGUCUUUGGGUGAGAAGCCGCUCCAAGUGAUUGGCGCUAUUGACGAUGAUGUCAACGAAAUUUGGACGAGGUUGGAUGAGCGGUAUGGGGAUCCCAUCAAGAUGGCGGACUCCAUUAUGCGAGAUUUCGAGAAAAUAAAGCCAGUUAGGGAUGGAGACGACAGGCGGUUUGUGGAAUUAGUCGACGUUGUUGUGAGAAGUUACAACGAUCUCACAAAGGUUGGAAUGGAGAGAGAGAUUUCCAAUACUAGAGUAGUUGGAGAUAUAGAGCGGAGACUACCCCCCAUAGUGAGAAGAGAGUGGUCCAGGUCCCUUUAUGACGACAAAUCCGAAGUGGAUCGCUCCGACAGGUUUCCAGCUCUUCUUCAAUUCUUAGUAAAGGAAAAGAAGAGUGUCGAGUACGAGUUGUCUGAUAUUAGAAGUCUCGCUACUCAUAGCAGCUCUCCAAGAGCUACAGUGAACACCACAGACGUCAAGGAGAAACAUGAGGCCACAAAGCGAGAUGUAAUUAAGAAGUGUCUCCUUCACAUUGAUGGUAACCACACAACACCAGAGUGCCGAAUAUUCAUGGGCAAAUCAGUUCCAGAAAGAGCGCAGAUCGUGAGAGAAAAGGGAGCAUGUUACUGUUGUCUGAAUCGUGGACACAGAAUAACGGAUUGCAGAAAGAAGAAGAAGUGUGAUGUCAUCAAUUGUACUCGCACUCACCAUCCAACACUGCACAACAGCCAGCAAGUAGCCGAACAGACCCAAACCUCCACAGUCAAUAACCACACUGUGGCAACAUCAAGAUCCAAUGACGCAUGUCUCCUGCAAUUGAUGAAGAUCAAGGUUGGCCCAACCCACAUGAACGUGCUAUGGGAUGGUUGCGCUACAUCUUCCCUUGUCACCAUCACGGCAGCUAAAGCAGCAGGCUUGAGAGGUACCCCCAUCAAGGUGUCUAUAACAAAGGUGGGCGGAGUGACAGAAGAGAUUGACAGUUUCCGUUACUCUGUGCCUCUUACUGACAGACAGGGCUACAUAGUGCACAUCUUAGCCUACGGGAUUGACCGCAUCACUGCAGACAUAGAGAAUAUCAACACACAGAGUGUUGUGGGACUCUUUAUGGGCGUAAGCCGGGAGCAGAUUGAGCGCCCCAGGGGCCAAGUAGACCUCCUCAUCGGGUUUGAAUAUGCAGGGUACCACCCAAUAAGACUACAAGCUGUAGACCACUUGCUUGUCCUGGAGAAUAGAUUCGGUAGAUGUUUGGGAGGCACUCAUCCAGCCAUUACCGAGAGAACCAGACGAAUCCUUGCCGCUACAGCAAUGAUCCACCAUGUGUCCACUUGCAGCCUAGACCAAUUCAUGACGUUGGAGAGCAUGGGAGUGGAGUGUAACCCAAGAUGUGGGAACUGUAGAUGUGGUAAAUGUCCCAUCGGGUCCAAAGACUACACUUUGAAGGAAGAGCGUGAACUUGCACUAAUUGAUCAGAAUCUCGUCUUUCAAGGAUCUCAUUGGGAAGCAGCUUAUCCCUGGAUUAAGGAUCCUGCUAAUCUACCAGACAACAGACACGUUGCAUUUGCCACACUGAGAGCCCUAGAGCGACGGCUGGAGCGUGACCCCACCAAGGCGCAAGUGUACGACGCACAGAUGAAAGACAUGAUAGAUCGAGGCGUCGCCCGAGCAAUCCCCAAGGAAGAAAUGGCUUCGUAUAAGGGACCGAUCCACUACAUAGCCCAUCACGAAGUCCUGAAGCCAGACAGCAAGAGCACCCCAGUCAGGAUUGUAUUCAAUAGCAGUGCCAACUACAAAGGACAUAUCCUCAACGACUACUGGGCUAAAGGUCCAGACAUGAUGAACUCUCUCCUGGGAGUACUCCUUCGAUUUCGAGAGAACGAGGUAGCUUUGGUUGGUGAUAUCCGCAAGAUGUAUCACAGCGUCUUUACCACAUUGAAGGACCAACACUGCCACAAAUUUCUCUGGAGAGGAAUGCGGACCGGCAAGGAUCCAAAGACAUACUGCAUGAAAGUUGUCAAUAUGGGCGACCGGCCAUCAGCCACCAUCGCCACUGUGGCACUGAAGAAGACUGCUGAGCUUGGCAAAGACAAAUUCCCCGAAGCCGCAAGCACGAUCCAGCGGAAUGUUUACAUUGAUGAUAUCCUCGAGUCUGUGCCAACACUAAACAAAGCCCUGAUCCAUGCACAAGAGAUUGACCAAUUGAUCAAGCCAGGAAAUUUCUUCCUAAAGAAAUGGGUGUUUUCUGGAGGACUCGACAAAGAUGAUGAAGAAUGGCCUAGCAAGGAAAACAGUGAGAAGGUUCUUGGCAUUUCAUGGGACCCAAGAGAGAUGUUUUCCACUUCAUCACAUGGAUCAAUUUCGCAUAAAAGAAGAAAAAGAUGA